AUGGUCUCUCCACUACUCAACGAUGGCGACUUUGAGCUAAUUUGCCCGCCAAAGGAUGGAAUCUCUUCUCUACGUUUUUUCAAAGAGCCUGGUUGUAAUCCCGAAUAUCUUCUAGCAACCUCGUGGGAUGGUUCUGUCCAGGUCCACGAUACCCAACUAAAUAAACUUGUCUCGAGAAUAGUCCCCGAAAAUAACAGAUCCAUCCUGGACGCAUGCAUACUGACAGCCGGCCUUGACCGGCCAAUAAUAUGGACAGGUGGUCUCUCUGGAAGUCUAUACUGGUGCAUACAUCAUUCAGGUCGUUUCGGAAGUAAAAGAUGCUCACCUGGCUCCAAUCAAGUCGAUUUGCUCGCUGCCUGGCUCAAGUUUGCGCUGUGCAUUUACGUUGUAGGGUUUUUUGUAUCUGGAAGCUGGGAUUCACACCUGAUGCUCUGGGAAUCCACAUGUGGUCCAUCGUCCACGGCGAAAUUGGUGUCCAACGUUGUGCUUUCUGACAAAGUAUAUGCAAUCGAUUGCCAGCCAGUGCCGUCGACAGGUGCAUACCGCAUUGUAGUGGGAAUGGCGAAUAGAAACAUCGAUGUUUUCGAGGUCGAUCUUAAUUCGCCCAAGUUGGAUUGCAUCCAAAAGCGGGAGUCUUCUCUGAAAUACCAAACAAGAUGCGUUCGAAUUUGCCCAAUCGAUCCGAAUAGUUCCCGUUCACGUUCUUACUUUAGUUUUCGUAUGCUCAUCAAUCGAGGGGCGAGUGAGUGUGGAUUACAUUGA